GUAACGAGAGGGGGAGACAGACUCGAGUGGAGAACGGCCGCUCGUGCUGCUGGAGCUUCUCAGGGACUAUCAACAGGGAGUGCGAACGACGACAGAGCGCAGAGCUGAGGGUAUGAGAGCCGUCAGAAUCCGCUCCCAUCCUCUUCUACCCAGGCCCCUGUCCGGCUGACAACCAUCGGAUCAGAAUCUCCACCGAAGCAGCUCUCGGACGAACCCAUUAUCGGUGACGAUUUAUAACCAUGGAGCUGAGAGUGGGGAACAAGUACCGGCUCGGGCGAAAGAUAGGGAGUGGUUCCUUUGGAGACAUUUACCUUGGUGCCAAUAUCGCCACUGGUGAAGAGGUAGCCAUAAAGCUGGAAUGUGUGAAGACCAAACACCCACAGUUACACAUUGAAAGCAAAUUCUACAAGAUGAUGCAAGGAGGAGUGGGUAUUCCAUCCAUAAAGUGGUGUGGUGCAGAGGGAGACUACAAUGUGAUGGUAAUGGAGCUGCUUGGCCCCAGUCUGGAGGACCUUUUCAACUUCUGCUCCCGGAAGUUCAGCCUCAAAACUGUCCUGCUUUUGGCAGACCAGAUGAUAAGUCGCAUUGAGUACAUCCACUCAAAGAAUUUUAUCCAUCGGGAUGUGAAACCAGACAACUUCCUAAUGGGGCUUGGCAAGAAGGGUAACCUGGUGUACAUCAUUGACUUUGGCUUGGCCAAAAAGUACCGUGAUGCUCGCACACAUCAGCACAUCCCUUACAGGGAGAACAAGAACCUGACUGGCACAGCUCGCUACGCCUCCAUCAACACACAUCUUGGAAUUGAGCAGUCAAGACGUGAUGAUCUGGAAUCUCUCGGCUAUGUCCUCAUGUACUUCAAUCUGGGCUCUUUGCCCUGGCAGGGCCUCAAGGCUGCUACCAAGAGACAGAAAUAUGAACGAAUCAGUGAGAAGAAAAUGUCCACACCCAUCGAGGUUCUCUGCAAAGGAUACCCCUCCGAGUUCUCCACAUACCUGAAUUUUUGCCGUUCACUUCGCUUUGAUGACAAGCCAGAUUACUCUUACCUACGACAGCUCUUCAGGAAUCUUUUCCACAGACAGGGUUUCUCCUAUGAUUAUGUGUUUGACUGGAACAUGCUCAAGUUUGGGGCCAGUCGGACAGCAGAGGAUGGAGAUAGAGAAAGGAGGACAGGAGAUGAUAGGGAUGAGAGGAUUGGAGGAGCUCCAAGAGGGUCUGCAGCACGAGGUAUCCCUCCAGGUCCCAACCCUGGAGCUGCCAACCGAGUCAGGAAUGGACCAGAGCAAGCCAUCUCUAAUCCUGCUUCACGGGUUCAGCAGUCUGGGAACACAUCACCGCGUGCAAUUUCUCGUGCAGAGAGGGAAAGGAAGGUGAGCAUGCGACUCCACCGUGGAGCUCCCGCCAACGUAUCAUCCUCUGAUCUCACUGCCCGUCAUGAUCAGUCAAGAAUUUCCACAUCACAGGUCAGUGUGCCGUUUGAGCACAUGGGGAAGUAAAUCUGACUUUGCAUGCACAUGAAUUAACUAGGGCUGCAAGGAUUAUUCAACGCUCAGUUUAUUUUCCCUACUUUUUUACCUUGUCUUAUGAAGGUGAUUGCCAGUGGACACAUGGAUUUUUGAAGAACAAUAAAUCCUAAUAUGAUCCAGAGAAGUACAUGACUGUAUUCAACAUCAACUUUUUUCAUGAACUAUUUUGCUGAACCUUAAGUUUUCUCAUAACUGCUCCCUUCCACUUCAGAAUAUUAGCUCAAACCCCUCUGUCUGAAAAUGUGAAGCAUUGUUUGCAUCAGAGAAGCUAAAAGGUAUCAGGGGCACUCGCAUGUUUCCUGUCCCAUUUGAUUUAACCUUAAGAUUGAUCUUUUUCUGUUUUCAUCACUUUAAAAACAAAUAUUUCAGUGACUGUUGUCUGUUUUUAGAGCAUUUUGAGAGGCUACAACAGCUAAAAAAUAAGAAAUGGAGAGAGGUAGGUGAGAGGACAGUGGACAAAAAGAAAAGCAACUUAGAAAAGGACAAGUAUGUAAAGUUAGGGCUGUUGUAGAGUAACAUUUCUGUUGAAGUAAAGUGGUGUUUGCUUACUCAGCAGCCAUGUUUUCCUAAUUUACUGGCCAC